AUGGAGAUGCCACCGCCGCAGUCCCUCAAACAACUAAAGAGUUUGGUAGGGCGGGUCUCGUACCUACGACGCUUCAUACCAACGCUUACAGAGGUAACGCACGCUUUUGGCACCUUGAUGAAAGGAGGCUCCGAGUUUAGGUGGAAUGAGGAUCAUCAACAGGCUUUUGACCAACUCAAAAAGUUGUUAGCAUCAACCGCUACUAUGAUAGCUCCCCAGAUCGGGGUCCCCCUCAGACUUUACAUCACGUCGACUAAACGCUCCAUAGGAGCGCUUCUCGCCCAGGAGAAGGAUGGCCGGGAAUGCUCUGUGUGUUACAUAAGCCGAAUCAUUCAAGGAGCUGAAGCGCGCUAUUCUCCGAUAGAACGCCACUGUCUAUCUUUAGCAUUUGCGGCCAAAAAGUUUCGCCAUUACUUUUUGGCUCAUACCAUUCACCUCAUCACCAAAUGUGAUCCUUUAAGGUACCUGCUCUCGCGACCCAUUAUCGCGGGAAGAGUGGCGCGCUGGCUUCUAAUGUUGGCCGAGUUCGAUAUCCAGUGCUUCGCACCCCGCGCCAUCUUCAGUCAGGCUAUGGCAGACUUGAUAGCCCAAUUCCCUUCUGGAAACUUCGAGCCAGUGCACGAUGACUUGCCCCAUGACGAGUUCGGGUCGGCCUGUUGCGCGGAUCAAAGCAUGAUGUGGACCCUGUCGUUUGACGGAUCGUCAACCUCCACAGGGGGCGACGCGGGAGUAGUGCUAACACCCGAGCAAGGGAAAGUCCAAAAUUUAUCAUUUAAACUCACUUUCGGAUGCUCCAACAAUACGGCAGAAUAUGAAGCCCUGGUAUUAGGCUUAUUGGCAGCACGGGAAGCUAAGAUCAAGCGGUUGCGUGUCCAGGGUGACUCAAAUUUGGUGGUGAAGCAGUUGGAUGGAUCCUAUGCCAUCAAGGAACUGGCGUUGGCGGCGUACAGAACAAUCAUUCAAAAACUUAACAGUAAUUUUGACAAGCUCUGCAUAACUUAUGCACCUUGGACAGCUAAUCCACACCCGGAUGCCCUGGCAACCUUGGGAUCUAAAGCUGAAAUUGCAGGGAAAUCGGUGGAUAUUCGAAUCCAAAAAAGAGAGGAAUCCUGCUUGCAUGAUGAAGAAUUUGUUGAACGAAGAAGUCAGGAGGACUGGCGAAGCCCGUAUGAAGCCCAAUUGAAAGGCAAUGCAGAAGAAAUUCCCUUGCAAGUGCUCAAAAAUUACACUCUGUACCUCGGAGUGUUGUAUUUUAUAGCACCCGGUGGAACCUUGGCGAGAUGCAUCGGGAAACAGGAGGCCAGUCGAGUUUUGAACGAGGUUCAUAAGCACACGUGUGGCGACAACUCACUGAGCCUGUAUCGAAAAAUACAAAGGCAGGGAUACUACUGA